AUGCAUCAUUCUCGUCAGUCUAUUGACGUCCCACUCGUUGUUGAUGAUGACAACGACGAAGAUCUAUCGAAUCAUCAUUAUAUUCCAUCAACUACCGGCGAUUAUUCAUCAUUAAUUGUUGAUUCGCCACCAGAUACAAUAUGCCAUCGAAACAUUUAUACAGAUCGAUCACCAUCACCUACAUCCUCAAAUACUCGAACAUCUCAAGCACCAACAUCUCUUCGUCCUACUCGUAGACGUUUUUCAUAUAGUAGUUCCCUAUCCGAUACAAUUGGAUCCGUUAAUAACGUUCAUCGUGAACGUUUACGUUUUAAUACAUGGCCACGUCAUCGAAAAGAAAAACGUGAUAUAUUUGUUGAAUAUGAUAAACGUUUAGCAAAAUCAGUUAUACAAGAACUUGGCAUUGGUAUUAAUAAAACUUAUCGUAAUCCAUGGGGUAAUCUUUCUUAUGCUCAAUUGAUUACACGUGCUAUUGAUAGUAGUCCAUGGAAACGUUUAACAUUAAAUGAAGUAUAUGAAUGGAUUAUUAAAUUUGUACCAUAUUUUAAAGAUAAAAUCGAUGCAAAAACAAGUUGGGGAUGGAAAAAUUCAAUUCGACAUAAUUUAUCAUUACACAAUCAAUUUAUACGUGUACCUGUUAUAUCAUCAUUAUCAAAAGGUCCAGUAAAAUAUGUUUGGACAAUAAAUCCAUCAUUUAAAAAUAAUUCACCCUAUAAAAAAUAUAGUUUAAAACGAAAACGAGCCGCUGCUGCUGCAGCAGCAGCUGCAGCUGUAGCUGUUUCAAAUAUGAAUACAUCAUCAACAUUAUCACAAAAUUCUGAACAAACUAUUGAAUCGAAUUCAUCAACAUCAACAUCAUCAAAUAAUUAUCAUCGUCAUUCAACAAUACCUGUUACAAAACCACCUCGUUUAUUAAAUGAACAUUCACAUAGUAAUACUUCAUCAUCAACAUUAAACCAAUUAUCAGUUGCUGCAGCUAUGAUGUCAGCUGGUGUUACUGAUCCAGCAGCAUAUCGAGCAUUUUUAAAUUCUCAAGCAGCAACAGCAGCUAUGAUUAAUAAACAAAAACAACAACAAAAUAUGUCAACACAGCAAUCAACAUCUCUAUCACAUCGACAUAGUACAACAUCAUAUUCACAUGAACCAGGACUUCCUAUUCCAAAAAAAGUUGCACUAGGAACAGAUCGUUAUAAACAACAACAGCAACAACAACAACAACAACAACAACAACAUAAUGAAUGGCUUUUAUCUUCAUAUAGACAACAAUCGCAAUCAUAUAAUACUAAUCAACAUCAUCAUUCAUCAAACUCAAAUAAAAUGAUGGUUAAUCAACAACGUUCAACAUAUCUACCAUCAGUACCUCCAUCAAUAAAUACACGUAUGAAUUCUGAUAUAAAUAAUUUAUCAUCACCAUCAUUACAAAGACGUGGUAGUUCACCACCAACAUUUUCAUCAACAGUUGCAGCAACAGCAGCACAAAAUAAAUUAUUAGCUCAAACAAAAUUUUGGCAUGCUGCUGUACAAGCUGCCGCUCAAGCCCAUCAACAACAACAACAUCAUCAACAACAACAACAACAACAACAAUAUCAACAUCAACAUCAACAACAAGCUUCAAAUAAUUCAAUUAACGAACUUCAAAAUUAUAUUAGUCGCUCAAAUACAAAUAGCAGUAAUCAUAAUAAAAUAUCAUCAUAUCUAAAUUCCGAAGCAUUGAAAAAUAAUUCUCUUGAUGAACAACAUCAGUAUAUAAGUGAUCCUCGGUAUAAAUUAAUGCGUGCUUCAUAUCCAAAUGCCAUGAGCAAUUCUCUACCACCAUCAUGUCUUAUAAGACAAAGAAAUAAUCAAAAUAAUAAUUCAACAAUACUUAAUACACAACAACAACAACAACAGCAACAGCAACAAGCUGAUAUGCUUACAGCAGCUUAUCAUAAUUAUAGACGACGCUCAAGUGGAUUUUCAUCAACAACAAGCCAUGGUGGAGCAAGUGAUGAGGAAAGCGAUGAAUAUGUACCACCAAGAAAAGAUUCCUCGACGUCAAACGCAUCAAGCGGUUAUGAAUCAGGUUUAGCCACAAGUCGUCAAUCACCUCCGAUUUCAUCUAUUCGUACAGGUUCAGGUUCAAGUUCAUCAGUAACAUCCGAUGCAUCAUCAUCUUCAUAUUAUUAUAAUUCUAAAAAUGUUAGAAGUCCUAUAAAACAACGUUUAACAAAAAUAAAUUCUAAUUCUAAUGAUAUUGAAAUGGAUGAUACACAACAAUUAUCAUUAAAUUCUGUUGGCGGUUAUGUUGAUGAUCUUAUGGAACGCAUACGUAAAAUGCCACCAAAAAAACGUUCAAAAUUUUAUCAUAUGCUUGAUGAAGAACGUUUAAAAGAUGUUAAUAAUAAUACUCAUGAUGAACAUACAAAAACUAAACCAAUUGAAUGUGAUGAUGAUCAUAAUGAACAUAGAUCAAUGAAUAUAACAAUGCCACUUGUUGUUGCUGAAGUUCAUAGUGAUGAUGAUGAUGAUGAUGAUGACGAUGAUGAAGAUCGAACAUUAAUUGAAAUAUCAUCAAAUCCUUCAAUUAUAAAUGAUAAUGAACAAGAUAAAUUAAAACAACAAUUUUUAGGUUUAAAUGAAAAAAAUUAUGAAGAACUUCUUUCAAUGGGUGUACCAUUAACUGUUUUAAAAGCUAUUGCUAUUCAUAAUCAACAACAACAACAACAACAACAACAACAACAAACACAAUUACAUAAUAAUACAAAUGUUCAAUUAUCAAAUUUUUUAACAAAUAAAUGUACUGUUUCUUCAACGAAUCCUUCAGUAGAAAAUAAACAUUUAUUAAAUGCUCGUACAAUACUUAGAAGAAUUUUACAACAACAAGAACAACACGAACAACAACAACAACAACAUUCAACAAAUGAUAAAUCAUUACCUGAACCAAUGGAUUAUACAACAGAUGAAGAAGCUGGUAUUAUUGACGACGACGAUGAUGAUGAUGAUGAUGAUGAUGAUGACGAUGAUGAUGAUGAACAUCAAUCAUCGUCAACAACACCACGUCAUAGAAAUACUGUUCGAUCAAAUAGUCAUAAUCCUGUGACGGUAAUGCUCAAUCCCAAUGAUAUUUCAUCACUAUCACCAUUAACAUCUAUAUCAUCAUCACCGGAUCAUACUGAUGUACAUCAUCAAUCAAGUACGAAUUCACUUAGUCGACCAUCAAGUACACCUGCUACUCUGGUUUCAUCUGCUUGUUCAGUUUAG